UAUAAUGUAAAUAUGUCAUAAUAUGAGAAACUGUUUCACUGCAGUUCAUAGAUAUGGCCUCCAGGCUGCUAAUUUCGUCGAAAGAAUUAAUAAAAUCGUUGAAUAGACUCAGUUUAACCCGACAAAUUGCUACGAAUUUCCAUACCAAAUGUGAACCGUCAAAUAGGUCGUUGUUGGAAAUCCAACCACCGACUAUAACAUCGAUGCGGCAUACUAGCUUCUUUAACAAACUAUCUGCUGAUCGACUAUGGACCGGCUGUCUAUCUGUCAGUAAUCCUGGUAGGAAGAGAGGUCGUGCGAACCGACUCGGUAAAAAGAAAGACUUAAACAAGGGUCAAGUGAUCGGUGUGGGAAAAACCAAUAUGGUGUGGCCGGGACUGAAUGCUCCGGUUGUCCAGGGACGGGAAUUAAUUAAACAACGAAAGUUACCGGAAAAUCCCGAUUGGGAAGGAAAUCUUCGAAAUGUCAGAGACAAAAUGUCCGGAAAGAAAAGAUUCAAACUGAGUCCUUUAGAGCGUGGAUGGGCAGGAGGGAAAGCGAACGGUCGAAGUAUGGGUCCGCCGGAUCCAAUUGGUGGUUAUAAAUUUGAUGAAUUCGAUUCUCGGAUCUUGGAAUUAAAGCUGGUCUUCAUCAUGAAGGGUAACCUUGGACGGAAGCGACGUCAAUCCGCGUUCGUUGUAGUGGGCAAUGGAAACGGAUUGGCUGGAUUUGCCUCUGCUAAAUCGGUGGAAGGUAGAAACGCUUUACGAAAGGCUAAGAAUCGAGCUGCCCAGAAGCUCAUGAAUAUCAAAAUACACAACGGACACACCGUCAUGCACCCGUUCUUCUGCCAAUUCGGAUUAACUAAAAUUUACGUAUCCAUGAAACCGCCGGGAUAUGGACUAGUGUGCCAUCGUGCAAUAAAAACCAUAUGCGAAAUGGUCGGCAUUAAAGACAUCCAUGCCAAAAUUGAGGGUGCGACAGGCGUCCAGCAUGUGACAAAAGCCUUUUUUAUGGGAUUACUGCAACAGCGCACCCACGAAGAAAUCGCCGAAGAGUCGGGCUUGCAUCUCGUUGAAAUGCGUUCGGAAAACGAUUAUUUUCCGAAAAUUAUAGCCAGUCCAACGGAAUGUCGCAAAGCCGAUGAGAUUCCUAGCAACGAAAAUCUGGACUUUACCCAAUACAUGAUGAACGGCAAGAUCAUUCACAAAAAAAAGAAAUUUCCACCAUUCUUCACCAAGCAUCGGUCGUGGGAUAUAUACUGUCGCAAGCAGGAGAAGAUUCGAAACCAGGACAAGGUGAAAAUCGACUUGAGCGUACGUUACGGCGAAGUGCGCAGUUUUUACACAGACAAAUAUCCAGAAUGCCGACAGACGCCGAGUAAACCGAGAGACGCGAAAGAGGCAGAAGAUUAAUUAAUGAAAAUGUGAUUAAGACAACAAAAAAAUCGUGUUUCAUAGGGGCCGAUCUCACGUUUGCUAUUAAAUACACAAAAUAUUGAGAAACGAA